CGGCUGAGCUGCCAUUUCUUCUCUACUCGGAUCAGGCAGUGGAAGCCCGCCAGCGCGUUCUCCAGCUCCCCUCACCCAGGCAUAUGGCAACAACAGCCUCCCCUCUUUCUUUCACCAGUGUCCCCACCACUCUUUAAAAAUUCCGCCGAAAAAGAGAAGACGAUUUUCCAAAUCUUUCAGGCCGUUAUCUCACGGCUCCCCUCUUUCUGUCCAAGUGUAUAAGAGGUACCCAGAAGGCCUAGGGGAGGCGCUCUACCGGGAGCAGUUCGACUUCAACGCCGAGCCGCCUUGGGAUCCUAGUUGAUAGCGGGAGAGCUCCAUCUCCCAGCUUGUCCAUUUUGUUGCAUAUUAACAGGACCCCAAAGGCUCAGUAAACUCUCUUUAUGAUUGUCGGAUCUGCGGACUACGGUUGAGAUGAAAGGAUUUACAGAUGAACCAAACUACAUUGUUGAGCUGCUGGAAGGAGGAACAACCCUUAAAGAUGUCAUUGACAACCACAUUUAUGAACAAGCUCUGGCUGAAAAGAAUGCAUUUGUUGUGGCCAACCUUGGGGCCUUGAUGCAGCAGCAUGUUCUUUGGCAGAGCAUGCUGCCCAUGGUCCGGCCCUUUUACCCAGUCAAAUAUAACAGCAGUCCUGCUGUCAUUGAGGUUCUGGCUGCUCUAGGAGUUGGUUUUGUUUGCUCAAACAAGGCUGAAAUCUCCCUGGUACUUAACCAUGACGUCCCUCCGGAGAACAUCAUUCUGUCUGGUGUUUGCAAGCAGCUCUCGCACAUCAAACAUGCUACCAAGAAUGGCAUCAACUACUUGGUGUGCGACAACGAAGCAGAGCUUUGCAAAAUUGCCAGAGCUCACCCAAAUGCCAAGUUGCUCCUGCAGUUGUCCACUGAAGCUCAGACAGAAGAGGCCAGCAUGGCAUUUGGGUGCUCCCUGAAGAGCUGCAGGCACCUUUUGGAAACCUCUAAGGAGCUGGGUGUGGAUGUGGUUGGAGUGAUGUUCCAGGUACCAGCAUCUUGUAGAGACCCCCAAGUUUAUACCCACGCACUGUCUGAUGCCCGCUGUGUAUUUGAUAUGGGGGCGGAGAUUGGGUUUAACAUGGAAAUUCUGGAUAUUGGUGGUGGAUUCAGUGGCUCAGAGUUUCAGUUGAAACAGAUUCAUGCUGCUAUUAGGCCUUUGCUGGAGGCCUAUUUCCCUGUUAUGUCUGGAGUGCGCGUCAUUGCUGAGCCAGGAACUUUUUAUGUGUCUUCCUCUUUCACCUUGGUUGUAAAUGUCAUUGGAAAGAAAGUGGCAGCAGGCAGUCUUCAUGUUGAGACUAAAGAUUUGACUCCAAGCGAUGAGCCAGAAUUUUUGUACUAUUUAAAUGAUGGUGUCUAUGGAUCUUUUAUGGGAAAGCUGUUGGGAAACACCAUUCCAUCCCCCAAGGUACACAAGAUGUCACUUGCAGCAGAUGAGCCGAUGUUCCCCAGCAGCUUGUGGGGUCCCUCUUGUGACGCAUUGGACCAGGUGGUGGAGCACUGCCUUCUCCCUGAGCUCACUGUGGGAGACUGGCUGAUCUUCAACAAUAUGGGGGCCAGUGGUCAAGAGGAGUCCGCAGCCAUCAAUAACUCAGACAAGCCACCUGUGUAUUACACUAUUUCUACAGACGACUGGUUUGAGAUGCAGGAGGCUGGAAUCUCUCUUGACAACACAAUGAGGAAUUUUUCCUUGGUCCAGUAUUGCUUGUAAUUGGAUAAAAUCUGAAGCUGACCCCCUAACUUGGGCAUUUCAAGUCAAGUGGUCAGAAUUUAAAUGGCCUGCAUAGUGAACAUUCCAGCAGCUAUGGGUGGGGACAACAAUGUGUAGCCACUAGUAAAGGAACAAGACCAGUGGCAUUGGGAUCACACAAUAAAUUAUCCUUAUCUAAUUUUUUCACAAUUUACUGAUUGAAAUGCUCGUUUUCCUUGCCCACCAUAGGAAUGAGUCCAGGAGCCCCAUGUUUAUUAACAACAUAUGCAACAAAAUGGACGACUGUGGAGAUGGAAUCCAGUCAUUGGGUUUCUUAAUCAAGAAUCGUUUACAUAAGUGUUCAAUUAAUUUAAUUCUAUAUUGAUUACCUGCUGACAGUCUUGUAAAUGAGUUGUCUAUUGCUCCAUUAUGCACUUGUCUAUAUUAAAAUCUGAUGUGAUUUUAAUGAGUUUAGAUUCUAGUAUCAGACGUGUUGCAACCCUUUGUGUAGAUUGACAGAGUGGAAAUUUUGAUAUUGAUUUGUUAUAUCAAAGCUUCUCCAUCCUAGUCGACCCUGGGUUUUUAGAACUGUGGAGUGCACCUUUGGUUGUGUCUUCAGUACAUGGAUUGUGACAGUAUUUCCCUGUAUUAAUAUGUACUGUCCCUUGGCUUUAUGUACUGUGUUUGACUUUGUGGCCUAAAAAGGCUUAUAGAAUGAGAACUAUAGGGUCACACCAGUAUACUGUACAAGUACCAAGGACAUAUGCCUGAUAUUAAAGAAACCUUUUAGAACUGGGACUUGGGGAAAGUGGCUUUAUAUAGCAUUUGGGUAGGGAAAGAAGGUGACUUCAAGCGAAAUGUGCAAGUGCCUGAGGCAGUGUGCUCAAACUACCAGUAACAGUCACCAUAAGCGCUGCAAGAUUCAUGCUAUUAAUCUCUGACAGCUCCUCUCAGGCUUCUCACAAUAAAUAGCUGUUUUAAAGAUUUGAUCAUAUUUUUCAUUGUAAGUAAAACCAACUUACCUAAAUGGCUUUUGUCUCCAUAACUAAAAUGUAAUGAUUAUGGAGUGAAAAACAUCUAACACAAUAUAGUCUGAUAUGUAUAUAAUAUGAGCCCAGGCUAUGCUUGUAUCAUUUUCCCUGAAGAAACAAUACUUUGGGACCAGCAGAGGAGUUAAAAAAAAGGUGCCAGAUGAGGUGUAUUUUGUAAUGUAGUACAACAAUGAAACAUUUGAUCAUAUCUUCUUGUGCUGUUUACCUUCCAAAAGGCUUUGUUAAAUGUCUUUUGAUUUAAAAAUUUAUAACACCCCUCCAUUUAAUGAAAUCACACCCUUUAGCGAUGUAAUGUAAAAUAUUUUUGUCUGAGGCACUAAUGGACCAUAGCCUGUUUUUGACUGUAAUAUUGUGUUGUAAUGAAAUAUAUUAACUUAAUACACUUCUUUGACUCAU